AUGGAUCUCAUCCUCGAGUCCCGCGUCCCCAAAGGCGGUGGCUCCAGCGGUAGCCGCGGCUCAAGCGGCGGCAGCAAAUCCUCAAAAUCAUCAAAAUCAAAGAGCGGCAAAAACAAGUACAAAGGCGGCGGCCGCGUCGGUGCCGCCGGCGGAGGCGGAGGAGGUGGGGGUGGGGGAGGCGGCUUCAGCGCGCUUCCCCUCUGGGCCCGGAUCCUCAUCAUCGUUCUGAUUGUGUGGUUCGUUCUGUUCCUGGUCUCGCUCGCAUUCUACACGGUCAAAGAACUCAAGCGCAAAAAGGAAGGAAAGAAAUUCCGCAUCGGUCACGUCCUCGGCCACGCCCUCCUCGUCUCCACGGGCCUCUGGAUCCCCUUCACGCUCUACAGAAAGUUCAUCUCCCGGCGCAAGGACAAGUCCGGAGGAGGUGGCGGCGGCGACGGCGACGAGACGAAGCGCUCCGCUGGCGGCACGUACGCCAAGAUUGAAGAGGGUAGGAGAUCCGAUGACACGGGUAACCGGGACUCUUGGUACACCGGAGCUGGAGCCGGCACCCACAACAACGCGGACAGCAAGUACGAGCCCAUGGGCUACGCGCCGCAUCAUCGGGCCCCGUCUCCUGCUCCGCCCCCGGUUGGUGCUGCUCCGGCGCCCUCCGGCGCGGCGGCCGAGUAUUACAUGCCGCAGCCGCCUUCUCAUACCGCGCCGACUCAGCAUCCGCCGCAGUACAGCUAA